CUGCACACGUGUCCAGGAACGUUUCGUUUGCCCUCAUUGCCCAGGCUAACGCGACCGUUUUACUAAUAUCCCUCCAUCCUGUACACGUACCCCCAACGUAACAAUUAGAAGAGAAUACUCGAGAGACUGUCUUAUCAUAGCGAGAACGAUCUACGGGCACUUCCGCUUUCGUCAAGACUGCCCUCAGAUUAUACUUUGGUACCUUGGGAUUUUGCAAGAAAAAGAAUUAACGAAGCAAUCUUGUAAAAAUGCUGUUUAUCGCAGCAUAAGACAGCGCGACGAGGAUGUAAAAGAAUUUUCUAUGAAUCCAAACUUUUCCUGGGUUAGUCUAGACUGAUCGAUUCCUUUUUAAUGACUCGGUGGAACGAAUGGAAAGGAAGGGGAGAAACGAGAGAGAGAGAUUUCACUAAACGAUUUCGCUGAUAACACGACGGGGUAUCAGCGCGAUCUUAUUGCUUCUACAGGGGCGCCUUAAAACACCCCUGGGGCGCGCGCCUGCGAAAUAUCAGAUUCUACCACCUGACUCGCGUGUGUCCACGUCGUCGUCGUUCAGUCUUGCCUCCACUUCCAUCCGGGCAUAUUUUUCAUCUUCGCCCGAGUAGUCACGGACUACUCGGCUCUCCGCCGCGGUCCUCCGAGGUUGUUGAGCCGUCGAUCUCGCGCCGAAUACGUUUUACUCUUCUGUAUCUGCGAAGGAUGUGCUCAGCAUUCGGAGAGCAUCGAGGAUUCAACAGGUAUCAGAAGUGGCGCAAUUAAUGUAACGGUGUUUCCUUCGAGCGUGCCUCUUGCCGAAAUCCAUCGGAGCGAUGAAGAACAUAUGAAAAUUAACGAAACGCAUCUGCGCGAAAAAGCUUUGCGGUUCUUAGACCCGCUACAUGAACGCCAAGGAUGGAUCGUCUUCAAAUCUGGAAAGUACAAGCGAGAACAAGAAGGACAAAAAGGAAAAUGUCGAGAACGAAGAUGAAAAUCCCGGAGAGGAAGUGGUGACAAGGACGGACGCGACAAAUUGUGAUACCAAAUCCCUCGAAGAGAAAGCAGACUGCCCGGAAAAUAAAAGUGAGCCGUCUUUAGAACUGCCUUUGGAGCCAACCCUUCACGAGCGAUUCUUGCGUAUCAAGCAGACCGUGAAGGACGCUAUAGCUGCCCAUCAUACUUUUAUGAUUUACGGCAAGUCACGGGUCAUUCGCGAUUGCAUGCUGAAGCGAGGAUGGUGUGAGAAAUUUUAUCGCAGGAACAGCGGCGGUAAUAAAUCACUCGAUCAGCAUUUUAGCGUCGACUCCAGCCCGGUGCUCUUGCUGGCUGGUAUCGGCGAUCUGAAGGAUCAGCAAAGCGAACGUCUAUUGAUAUCGAGGAUGCUCGCCAAUCACACCGUCGACUUCCUGUGGAACACUGGGUCCGAUUGGCCCGGAUGGCCUGCUCAAGAUAACAAAACUACUGUGUUCAAUCGAUAUUGUCGAGCCGGCUUUACAUCCAAGAUAGGCGAUGUAGCGAGAUUGGCGAGAACGCACGCUUUUCACGAGCGUGACGGCGAAUCAUUAGAGGUAAAGCUGCAUGUACUUCUUCGAAAAUCAAUUAUUCAGGUGGGCUUGUGUUCAAGCGUCAGGCAAAUGCACUGGUAUUACGAAGCUGGAGUGGCUAACACUUUGUUUCCGCGUUGUUACAACAUAUGUCAGAGCGAUCAGAUGCACGCCUUCAUCGACGACUUUCGGCUCACAAGCUGUCUGAGUCUCUUGAAAUGGUUGGUGGACAAGGUCAAUGCCGAGGACGAAGACGACGUGCGUUCACCAACCGGCACGGUACCUCUCAAGGCACUCGACUUCGCGAUCAAGAGAUGUAGCGACUACAUCAGCGCCCAAUCGCACGAGGAUAUCGAUCAAGAGGCUGAGAGGGUCUGGUCUCACCAGUGGGACCAAUUUAUCACCUGGUACUAUCAAAUUGUUCGCGGUCAAGCUCUCUUCGUUCGCACCAACGUGCCCUUCAACAAAUACGUCCUAGCUUCGAAGCACAUAUUAAAGAAGAUGAAGAAGUACUGGCCGCAGAUAGACAUGGACGGUAUGAUGAACAUGUGGAUCUUGAAACCUGGGAACAAGAGUCGGGGACGCGGUAUUGUUCUGAUAAACAAGCUGGAGGACGUGGUGGCGAAAGUAAAUCCAACCGGCAAACCGGACACGCGAUAUGUCGUGCAGAAAUACAUCGAACGGCCGUUACUGAUUCACAACACAAAAUUCGACAUACGGCAAUGGUUCGUCGUGACGUGCGCUCAACCUUUAACUCUCUGGAUGUACAGAGAAAGCUACCUUCGCUUUUGCUCGCAAAAGUUCACCCUGGACGACUUCCACGAGUCGAUUCACCUGUGCAAUCACGCGAUUCAAUGCAAAUACAAUAACUGUGGCGACAGGGACUCUACUCUACCCGUAGACAAUAUGUGGGACGCCACGACAUUCAAGAAAUUCCUCAAAUCUCAGGGUCACAAUGACGCAUGGGACGAGCUGGUCUACCCUGGAAUGAAGCAAGGUCUGGUGGGCUCGUUGUUGGCCAGUCAGGAGGCCAUGGAUCGACGGAAGAACAGUUUCGAACUGUACGGCGCCGACUUUAUGGUCAUGGAGGACUUUUCCGUGUGGCUGAUCGAGAUCAACAGUCAUCCGGACAUGAGCUACUCCACCAGUGUUACUACGCGAUUGUGCCGACAAGUGAUGGAAGAUGCUAUUAAAGUCGUGGUAGACUAUCGAGAAGAUAAAAAUGCGGAUACUGGAGAUUUUGAGCUAGCAUAUAGGCAGAGAAUGUCGAGCUGCCAGCCAUACUUGGGCGCAGCUCUCUCGCUUCAGGGUACUCGUAUCACCACCUGCGAGAAGAAAUCGAGCCUGCAUCAGGAUUCCAGAUCCAGUCUAGUCGCAAGGUCUCCAAUGACGAAAAAGAAGUCGAUGGUGCAUAGCAACAUCGGGCCAGUGAUCGUCGAUCUCAUCGAGGAACUUGAGAUCCAGCUCGACCAAGAGUUAUUCUCUUAUUACAAUACAGAUUCGCCCAAGUCGAGACCAGCACUUCCGGCGACUGCACCGGCAAAGCCUUCGGAGGCAUCGAAUUCCGGUGAUAAAGUGGAAACCGUGGUAAAGAGUACUUCAGCGGGUACAACGUCUAUUAACAAAACAAAGUCACCAACUCCAUCCAAGACUAACGUCCAGAAUCACACGAAAUCUUCGAAUAACGGAAAAAGAUCUUCACAUAAACCGGCACGAAAAUCACGCACUGUCACUGGUACUGCAGGCAGCAGACUGGAUACAUCUCCAAGACAGACAUUGAUCUCGAAGAUCAUGGCUCUUCAGGAACAAUCGGCGAACAUGGCACCUAAACCUGAGAAACCGUCGACAAAAAAUGAGGAGAAGAUCAUCAAAACUGCGAUGCGAGACGCCGUGAAGAAGUACAAAAGAAACGUGACUAAUCGGCCGGAAGUACCGCCACUGCCAUCUCUACUUACGCCAACGGCAAAAGUCACCCCUGUAUCGACAACGAAGAACAAGAGUCGCGGCUUGCCGAAGAAACAGGCGCAUAAAAAAAAUAAAAUUCUAACGGACAUCUCCGACAUGUAUGCUGUUGGUUUGAGCCUGACCAAAUAAUCGAAAAGCCUGUCAGUCACUCGUUGCUCGUUAUUUUUCUCUUUACUGUUGAUCGAUUCUCCAAUUCUAUCUACAAGUGAUAUAUGUAUACAACUAAUAAAUGUUACAAUUAUACCACUAAAAUUCGUAUAGUUUUCAUCAACAAAAAACAAUUUUGGAAUAUCAAGAAACUCAACAAUUUCAAUUUAAAUUUACAUUGCUCGCGAAAUUUCCAGUCUGAGAAUACUG